UGUUUCGCGCCGCGGUUGCAUGGCCUUCGCCCUUCGCGCACACCAAACGGAAUGCCCUCAUCUCCAUUGCGUGCUACCACCCCUGCUUAACCCCAGGUCAAACCCUGCUCUCUCUCUAUUUACUCCAUCGUAGCCACUAGCCACCCCUGCUUCCCGCUCAUAAAACUCGCCGCCUCGAGCAGAGGAAGCACGCACAGACACCACCAACUCGCUUGCAGCCUACUGCUAGUAGUAGUUGCAGAGGGGACAAGCUCGGCCCGGCAAGGCAGCCAAGAGCCGCCACUCCCCUCGCGUGAAGCUGCGAGGAGGAGAACGAGGAGGAGGAGAGGAGAGCCAUUCUUGUGGGCAAGAAACACGAAGGUUUCCAGCUGCCUGGAUUCCUUGCUCGGUGCGGUCUGCUCUGCUCGGAGAGAAGAGGAGCGGGGAUGAUGAGGAAGGGGGGAGUGACCGGGAUGGGGCGGGAGGCGGCGGUGGCGGUGGCGGCGGAGCUGGAGGACGCGGGCAGGAAGGCGGCGGGGGCCGAAGCCGCGGCGGCGGUGCCGGCGCUGAGCCCGCUGAGCGAGACACUGUGGCGGGAGAAGGCGGCGGCGGGUGCGUUCCUCGGGGACGUGUCGGCGCGGCUGGCGUGGCGGGACCUCACGGUCACCGUCGCGCUGGGCAGCGGCGACACGCAGGCCGUGCUGCAGGGGCUCACGGGCCACGCCGAGCCGGGAACCAUCACCGCGCUCAUGGGACCCUCGGGGUCCGGCAAGUCCACGCUGCUCGACGCGCUCGCCGGCCGCCUCGCCGCCAACGCCUUCCUCUCCGGGACCAUCCUCCUAAACGGCCGCAAGGCCAACCUCUCCUUCGGCGCCGCGGCCUAUGUGACACAAGAUGACAACCUGAUCGGCACACUGACGGUGAGGGAGACGAUCUCAUACUCGGCGCGCCUUCGCCUCCCGGACAAGAUGCCCAGGGAGGAGAAGCAGGCCCUGGUUGAGGGCACGAUCGUCGAGAUGGGGCUGCAAGAUUGCGCUGACACCGUUGUCGGAAAUUGGCACCUGAGGGGGAUCAGUGGUGGUGAGAAGAGGAGAGUCAGCAUUGCCCUGGAGAUACUGAUGAGGCCCAGGCUGCUAUUCCUGGAUGAGCCCACCAGUGGUCUUGAUAGUGCUUCAGCAUUCUUCGUGACGCAGACGCUGCGCGGGCUGGCGAGGGAUGGUCGGACCGUCAUCGCGUCGGUCCAUCAGCCGAGCAGUGAGGUUUUCGAGCUUUUCGACAGUCUGUAUCUUCUUUCAGGGGGGAAAACAGUCUACUUCGGGAAGGCCUCUGAGGCUUGCGAGUUCUUCGCCCAUGCUGGUUUCCCAUGCCCGCCACUGCGCAAUCCAUCGGAUCAUUUCCUUAGGUGCGUCAACUCCGAUUUCGACAAGGUGAAGGCCACUCUGAAAGGAUCAAUGAAGACAAGGUUUGAAAGAUCUGAUGAUCCUCUUGAGCGAAUCACAACUUCGGAGGCGAUGCGAAGGCUGAUCAGCUACUACCAGCACUCACAGUACUACAUCAAUGCACAACGGAAAGUAGAUGAGAUGGCACGGGUUAAGGGAACGGUGCUGGAUUCAGGAGGGAGCCAAGCUAGCUUCGGAAUGCAGGCGUACACGCUCACGAAGCGAUCGUUCAUCAACAUGUCAAGGGACUUUGGGUACUACUGGUUGAGGCUUAUUAUCUACAUUGUUGUGACAGUCUGCAUUGGGACUAUCUACUUCAAUGUUGGCACUGGAUACAGCUCCAUUCUGGCUCGGGGCGCGUGUGCUUCCUUUGUCUUUGGCUUCGUCACAUUCAUGUCGAUCGGAGGGUUUCCAUCGUUUGUCGAGGACAUGAAGGUCUUCCAAAGGGAGAGGCUCAACGGUCACUACGGUGUGCUGGCAUUUGUCAUCGGCAACACGCUCUCGGCGAUGCCGUUCCUGAUCCUGAUCACCUUCGUGUCGGGCACGCUGUGCUACUUCAUGGUGCACCUCCACCCGGGCUUCACGCACUACCUCUUCUUCGUCCUGUGCCUCUACGCCAGCGUCACCGUCGUCGAGAGCCUGAUGAUGGCCAUUGCCAGCGUGAUCCCCAACUUCCUCAUGGGCAUCAUUAUCGGUGCAGGGAUUCAGGGGAUAUUCAUGCUGGUAUCAGGGUACUUUAGGUUACCACAUGACAUCCCAAAGCCAUUCUGGAGGUACCCCAUGUCAUACAUCAGCUUCCACUACUGGGCAUUGCAGGGGCAGUACCAGAACGAUCUGAAGGGCCUGGUGUUCGACAACCAGGACGACGAGCUGCCCAAGAUCCCCGGGGAGUACAUCCUGGAGAACGUGUUCCAGAUCGACGUGAACCGGUCCAAGUGGCUGGACCUGGCCGUGCUCUUGAGCAUGAUCAUCAUCUACCGCCUCCUCUUCUUCAUCAUGAUCAAGGUGAGCGAGGACGUGACGCCGUGGGUGCGCGGCUACGUCGCGCGGCGGCGGGUGCAGAACAGGCGGCAGCGCAAGGCGGAGCUCGCGGCGGUCCGGUCGCCGUCGCUCCGCGGGUACGUGGUGGACGCGGCCAGCCUGCCGGCCGACCACCCGUGAAGCAAUGCAACGCGUGUAGCGCAGGAGAACCGAAGGAUGUUGGUGGACACAGAGGCUCAAACUAAAUCUAAACUGAACACUACUCUGAUAUGAAUGUGUGUUGUGUUAUAGUAGCAACUGCUGAAGCUGUCUUUGUGUAUUCUCCGAUACACUGCUAAGGUGUAUAUCAGCAGCUGAAUGCAAGGUUUGAUGGUCUCGUUCUCUGUUUCAACUGUAACCGCACGCUGUGUGCAUCUCGCGAUGCAGAGGCCGGAUCGUUACUCCGUUAUUCAGAAACUAUCCCCUCUGGUGUUUCUUCUCCUUCUUGGUGCACACUCUCAUGGCGCCAAGAGAGGUAGGCCUUGGGCUAUCAAGAUACCAGUACUAGCAUCUUGCAGCAUGGCUGUGUGCAUCCGAGCUUAAAUUA